GUCAGGUCCAAGUUGAAGGAUCUCCAGUCAAAGUUCAGCUGGUGGACACUGCUGGACAGGAAGAGUUCGAYGAGUUCCGCGCUCUGUCCUACGCCCACACGGACGUCUUCCUCCUGUGCUUCAGCGUGGUCAACCCCUCCUCGUUCCGCAACGUCACGACCAAGUGGGUGCCCGAGAUCCGGGCUCACAACCCUUCCUCGCCCAUCAUCCUGAUCGGCACGCAGUCGGACCUGCUGCUGGACGUGAACGUCCUCAUCAGCCUGGACCGGAGCAACGUCAAGCCGGUGCAGAGCUCCCGGGCGCGGGGCAUGGCGGACAAGAUCCGGGCCACGGAUUACAUCGAGUGCUCGUCGCUCACGCAGAAGAACUUGAAGGAGGCGUUCGACGCGGCCAUCUUCGCCGCCAUCAAGAACAAGACGCGCAAAGGCAAGAAGCGGCGGUUCUCCGAGCGGCGCACCAAGGCCUUCUCGAGGUGCAGCUGGAAGAAGUUCUUCUGCUUCAUCUGAACUCUUCCCGGAGUCUCGAACACAUGUUUUUAUUUAUUUAAAAUGCUGUGCCGCGUUUCAACGGGACAUCCUUUAAAAGGUCUCCAACGCCAAACAUGGGGAAAAGACGUUCCUGCUCCGAUGUGGAUUCAGACGUUUGUUCCAGGUCAACAGGAAACAGCGUUUGCACAAAGAAAGGUGCAACAAGUCGAGGUUUCAGAGGAACGCGAGGCCAUCGUCCGCAGACGAAAGGACAAAAUGUAAAAGCGGUGAAUUUGCAUGAGUGUGUGUGUUUUGUGUAGACGGGCGUUGUUGUCUCUCCGGACCUAUUUAUACGCAGCAGCUUGUCGCUCCGUGUGUCGAGGAGCGCCGCAUUCUUUUAUCUGCCUGUGAAAGCUUCCCCGGCUGGUUUUAGGUCGGGCUUUUUGCUUUCUUUCUGUCUUCCUUCCUUCCUUUCUUUUUUUUUUUUCUCUCGUCAGCUGACAAACCUGGUCGAGCUUUUAUAUCCGAUCACGUUGAAGUUGGUUUGAGGAACUGGUUUGGAAAGCUUCGAGGUGAGACGCUGCAGGGAGUAGAAACUUUAGAAUCGUUUUCCUUUUCUUUUCUGUUCUUUUUUUGUUUCCGACGUGAAAACAAUCUACAUCUGUAAAAACCAAACACCGCAGGAGGCCCUUCUCUUUGUCGUCUUCCUCCCACCUCCAUCAUCAUCUUCCUUCGAAGAGUUGCGAAUAUUCACCCCUCGUUGUUUACCCGCUCAGAACCAGUCGGCCCAAUGAGCCCAGSCUCUGCUUGAACGGACUUUUAGACACAAUGCUUAAAGUUUUGCACUCCAGUGUUAUAUGUGACACAUCUCAAAGUGUAUCAAUUUAUUAUGCUUCUUGUGGAAGUGAACUUUGUGUUUUUGUUUAUUAAAACGCAUGAAAACUUCGAUAUUUUAUCCUGGAAACUACGUUAUGCUACUUAAAAAAAAGAAUCACUAAUCUCAACAGCCAUGUUCUUGUUUUAAGUUUGGUUUCCUUUCCUUACAGGUCAGAGUGAUGGAAUUAAAAUAGUAUUUUUAAAAAA